AUGAGUGAAGUUGUCACAAAUUCCCUUGAAAAGAAGUUGAGCGAAGUUCUUAAUCAUGAAUUGAGCUUAAAUGAGAAUGAUCAGGAAGAGGAGAGGGGGAAAACAAAUGUUGAAAGAUCUUUGAAAUCAAGACAUUUGUCUAUGAUAGCUCUUGGUGGAACAAUUGGUACAGGGCUUUUCAUAUCUACAUCUGUACCACUAAAUGAAGCUGGCCCUGUUAAUUGUUUGAUAGCAUAUAUCUUCAUUGCAAGUGUUGUCUAUUCUGUUGCUCAAUCUCUUGGUGAAAUGGCCACAUAUAUACCCGUUGCCGGUUCAUUUACUGUUUUUGCUUCUCGGUUUGUUUCUCCAUCUAUAGGUGCAGCUUCUGGGUGGUUAUACUGGUUUUGUUGGGCAAUAGGUUUCGCAAUAGAGUUAUCGGUCAUUGGACAAAUAAUUGAAUAUUGGACAAGUGCUGUGCCCAAUGCAGCUUGGAUAGCCAUAUUUUUUGUAUUAUUAACAGUUGCAAAUCUAUUUCCCGUAAGAUUUUACGGAGAGAUAGAGUUCUGGAUAUCCUCUAUUAAGGUAAUAACUAUAAUGGGCUGGAUAUUAUACGCGCUUAUAAUGGUUUGUGGUGGAGGAAAAUACGGAGCCUUUGGAUUUCGUUAUUGGAGAAAUCCAGGCCCAUGGGGAGAUGGUAUUCUAGUGGACAAUAAGAAUACUGGAAGGUUCUUAGGUUGGUUUUCAUCCUUAAUAAAUGCUAUUUUCUCGUACCAAGGAACGGAGCUAGUAGGCGUACUGGCUGGAGAAUGUGAGAAUCCUAGAAAAACAGUUCCAUCGGCAAUCAAAAAGGUAUUUUACAGAAUAGCGAUUUUUUUCAUUCUAAGUUUAUUCUUUAUGGGAUUAUUGGUUCCUUAUAAUGAUCCUAAAUUAAAUUCAGAAACGACAUACAUUGCAUCUUCUCCGUUUGUUAUCGCUAUUCAAAAUAGUGGGACUCCAGUUCUACCAGACAUUAUGAAUGCCGUUAUCUUAACAACUAUAAUCUCAGCAGGAAAUUCAGAUAUUUACAUUGCUUCGAGAACAUUAUACGCGUUAGCCAACGAUAAACUUGCACCUAGAAUUUUCACACUAACUAUCAAUGGCAUACCAUAUUAUUCAGUGCUAUUUAGUUCUCUCUUGGGGUUAUUAGGGUUCUUAUCAUUGUCGGCUAAAGGAUUAGUGGCGUUUAACUGGUUGGUAAAUAUAUCUGCAACAUCUGGCUUAUUUGCUUGGGUGUUUAUAUCUUUUUCGCAUAUCCGAUUCAUCAAAGGACUAAAAUUAAAAGGAAUUGUCAGAUCUGAAGAACUUCCUUUUGUUGCAAAAGGGAUGCCAAUAUAUGCAUGGUAUUCGGUUUCAGUUAUUACUUUCUUGAUAUUCUUUCAAGGUUAUGAGGUAUUUGUAGGAAAAUUUUCAGUGGCAGAGUUUUUUGCUGCCUAUAUUUCCAACAUUUUUUUCGUUAUCUUAUUCGUCUUCUUUCAAUUCGUAUGGUUUAGAAACACCAAAUUUUUAGUUCCUUUGGAGGAAAUGGAUAUAGAUACGGGAAAAAUGCCGUUUUUUGACUAUGAAAUGAAAAAUGAAACCUCUUCAGGAAAGCAAAAAAGAGAAAAGCUUUGGAACAUUAUUGCUUAA